ACCAUCCAAUCGUUAGGUUGCGCGAGGGCUGCAGUUUCAGUUUGUUUUAUUCACCAUUUUGAGUAGCUGAAGGUAAAAUUUAAACUAAAUACCUUCGUAGAGCAGGAAUAUCUCCCGCAUUGUUUAAUUUUUACCACAGGGAAAGGGCGUUGGAUUUGCGACGUCACCUUUAGACCCUUGUGUUUUAAAAUAGCACGUUUCGUUUGCAUUUUCCCUGCUUUUCUUUUGCUCUUUCACAAUUUUAACCUCUACAGUAUUCCUGCAAAAUGGCAAGACCAGUGAGGAACAGAAAGGUGGUGAAUUACUCCCAGUUUAAUGAAUCCGACGAUGCAGAUGAGGAUUAUGGGAGAGGCAAGGAAACGACUAAGAAGAUACGUGCUCCACCCCGUGAAAUCAAGCACAAGAAGUCUAAGAAUUCACAGGAAGAGAGCGAGGAUUCAGAUGACAAACUGUCCAAAUCCAAAAAUGACUCCGCAGAUGACUUCGGUAGUGAUGAAGACAAUGACUUUGGAGAAGAAGGGGAAGAGGAAGAUGGAGGAAGUGACUAUGAUGAUAAAAAGGCCAAAAAGGGAAAGAAAGGAAAGGUGGAGAAGCCAGGCAAAAAGUCACUGAAGAGAAAACGAGGUGGAGAUGACAGUGAUGAUGAUAAAGAGGUGAGCAGGAAACCAAGGCAGGUGAGGCAGGCUGCGUCAAAGGCCGUGUCCAAACAGAGAGAAAUCCUUCUGGGAGACGGCGGCAGUGAGGAUGAGGAGAAGGAAGAGGAAGAACAGGCAUACCUGGACCAAGAGUCUGGCAGUGAUGAAGACUUCAUGGUUGAUGAUGAUGAUGACAGUGACUAUGGGCACUCCAAAAAGAAAGGCAAAAAAGUGGUGCCGAAAGGAGGAAGGAGAGUUGAGAAGAAGGACAAGAAAUCCCCUAAACCCCGGCUAAAGGCCACAGUGAACCCCAGCCCCGUGAAGGGGAAAGGGAAAGGUCGCCCAAGUGCAGCUAAAGCACUGGAGAAAUCCUCGCCCAAGGAUGACGAGGAACCCGAGAGCCCCCUUGAAGAUGAGGAGGAAGAUGAGGUGGAGAAGAAAGAGUCUCCUCCCACCAAAAAGACAAAGGAUGAUGCCCCUGAAGACGAGGAAGACGACGAGGAAGAGGACGGCUCAGAAGAGGAGGCUCCAUCCGGGGAAGACUAGCCAUGUUAUUAACGGCGUCCCUUUCUUCUUCUCUUUCCCUUUACACUUUUUCCUCUUCUGCAUUUUUUGGGGGGGUGGGGGGAGGGGUUUGUUUGCUUUUCAGAUUUUUUUUCACUGUCUGUUGUGGCCUGGCUCAACGGUUUGAACUCUCUUUAUUUCCCUUUUUUUUUGCCUAUGAAUUCCAUAUCGCAAAGGACAUUUUCCCAGAACUUGUUAGCGUAUAUAUCUAUAUAUAUUAUUGAGUAAAAUGUGUCUGAGUCUGUUUAUUUAUGGGUAUAUAAUCUUGAGGGAAGCCCAUCGUUCCAACCAGUAGCAUCGCUGCUCGCCCAGGGUAAUCACAUGACCGUAUUCUCCCAGAAAAAAAAAAAUGCUUUAGCGCUCGUUCAUUUUGGUAACAUGUAUAAAGCUUAUCGUCUACUCUGCAUUAUUGCGACCGAUGUUCCUCAUUCAUGAAACAAAAUUCAGUGUAAAAUGUUCGUAAAACUAUUCUUGCGUAAAUGAUCGCAACAAAGAGCCUCUUUCACGCCGCGCAAACAAAACGAGUAUUAGUAUAAAUCUGUAAUGGUAUAUUGGAGUGUAAAUGCAAUUCCCUACAAAUUGUCGCAGUCGAUUCAACGCAAUUUGCGCAAGAUUGGUUUUACGACGUUUAACAAAUGUCGCAUUCAAUUUGUUCUUAAACGUAUUUGCGAAAGUACAUCAUUUAACGUAUGAAUAGUUUUGCGAAGUUCUGAAACUGUGUUUCAUUGAGGUCCAAUGCGUUUGUUGUGUAGUGAUUCCUCUCUAGAAAGCCAUUCGUUAGGAAGUUUCGCAAUCCGUAAUAGUUAACGCCGUUUGUUUUGAUACUAGCGGUCAGGGCUCUGCUUAUCUGAGGAUUCGUUUUGUAUUUAUUCAACAUGCAUUCGCCGCUCAUUACGCAAGAAUCAUCAGCGAAAGAUGGAGAAACUGACAUCUAACGCUCAUGUUUUGAAAAUUACAUUUGUCGUGGUACACACUUUAUCCAGGGUUUGCUAUUCAAUUUUCAGUUUUACCUUUUAAAUAAACAGUCUCGAUUUGUGUAGUUUGAACCAUAAUGCAGUUACUGUUUCAAUAGAAUAUUCUGGAUUAAAAUGUCAAGUUCUGUUUAUAAAAUCUGCGAGGUUACCACAGAAAAGAAUUUCAAUUUGUACCUCAGUUUGUUGUGUACUUACAAUGGCAAGCGUUUGCCUCAUUGUAAGUUCAUUUCUGGGUGUUUUUUUUUGGUUUGUUUUUUUUUGAAAACUGAGGUAUGAGUUGCCAUCCAUCAAGCUAAACUCAUUUUGAACCUGAAAUAAUUCAAGAAUCAAGUUAAUUUCGCUCUGAUCUCUGUAAUGUGCAUUUGUUUGUUUUAUUUUUUUCCUCAUCCACGAGAUCAUCUCAUAUAAAGGCUGCAGUAUGAAUGCUUUCAUCUCUUUUCUCAAAAAAAAGCUAACAGUGAGUGUGCUGAGAUCGGGCCUUAAAACGGUUAAUUGCGUGGGAAAUGUGAAUCUGAUGUCUUUCUGCCUUACCAAGCCUGUUUUUCGAAAUCUUGUACCGCAAAGCUAAAUGUUCAGAAACGGAGGGUAUCCUUGACUCAUGCCCAUUUUGCCCAGAGAUUGUAUUGCCGAAUGUUGGGGGGGUCUCUUCAACCAAGCAAAUAAUAAGGUCAAAAAUAUUGUUAUUCUUCAGCCCUGGAUCAGAUGUGUUUGUGAUGUCAUGACACAGAGAGGCAUAUUUGCACUGUGAGGAUGGAGAAGAAUUGUACUAUUCAUACCUUAUGUGUGUUUGCUCAUUAAAUAUAUAUUUCUGUUGCUGCUUGUUUUUAAUUCCAGACACAUAUGAUGUAUAUCCCAUGUUGCAUUUCAAGGGGCUUUUCUGUCUACAGUGCAUACAUGGCAUUCUGACAUGGUUCGAUCCUUUCUGCCAGGCAUCUCUGAAUAUUUUCCACUCGUGCUGUCUAUAAAUUGGUUUUUAACCUAGCUGUCCAAAAAUG